AUGACGCCCGCCGCGUCGCCGGCGCUGGCCGGCGCGGGUGGCGGCGGCGAAGGGCGGCGCGCCGACCGAUGCUCGCCGACUGCCCGGCAGGCGGUGGGGGGCCUGCUCGAGGCGGCGUUGGGCGGCGACCUGGUGAGCUGGAGGCAGGUGGGCGAGGAGCGCAUCAUGGGCUUCUCGGGCGCGUCUGUCGUCGAGAUCUCCUGUGAAUGCAGCCGCUGGGAGGCCCCACGCCUGCUCGUGCUGAAGCGCACCGCUGAGCGCCUGGGCCUGCUGCCCAGUGACGCGUCGGAGGAGGACACGCUGAGGGCGAAGCGCACGGACUUCAGCUACGGCAGCGAGCUGGCGUUCCUGAAGGCGUACCCAUCGCGGCUGCUCGACCUGGGCUGCCGGGUCCCCGAGUGCUUGCUGGCAGAGGCCCGCGGAGGAGAGUUCUCCGUGCUCAUGGAGUCUCUCUCCGAAGAGGCUGGCUGGGAGCAGUGCGUGACGAUCCCGCACGGGUCUCACACGCGAGCCGUUCUCAGGUGGUUGGCAUGCUUCCACGCGGCCUUCCUCCAGCCAGAGGUGGGCGGCGGCGGCCUGGAGCUGCGCCAGAGCGGCAUGUGGGAGCACGGCUCCCACAACGCCCUGGAGAAGAGGCCGCCGUCUGAGCUGGCGCGACUGCCGGAGACCCUGGCCGGCUUCGCCGAGGCGUUUUCCGCCGUGGACGCAUCCUUCGACCCCGCCCGCGCGCGGGCCAUGGGCGAGGAGCUCCAGGAGGCCGCUCCCGAAGUGGCCCGCCUGCUGCGCACGGGCGGCGUCACCGCGAGGCCGUCCAUGGUGCACGGAGAUUUCAAGCAGGCCAACAUAUUCUUCCGGGCCGCGCCCAGCGGCGAGGAGCCCGAGGUUGCGGUGAUCGACUGGCAGUGGGCCGGGCCAGGAGUCGCCGCCACUGACCUGAUAUACCUGUGCGCCAUGGCCCUUUCGGAUGAGUCGCUCGAGGACUACGAGCAGCACGUGCUGCGGCCUUACCACGAGGAGCUGACGCAGGCGAUGGGAGGUCGCGAGGACGCGAUCCCUUACGGCGACUUGCGGCGGGACUUCGGGCUGGCGACCAUUGACUUCGUGCGCUGGCUGGCGGGCUACCGCUUCAGGGGGUUUACCCCAGAGAAGAUGGCCUCUGCGGCGGCGACCGAGGACGUCAACCGCGGCGCUUGGAUCAGGUCGCUGCCGCGGGUGAAGUGGUUGCUGCAGCGCGUGGAGGAUGAGCUGCGUCGCUGGAGGGACGGGGCGCUCCGCGGGGACCCCUCGCUGGCGCCGCGGUUCUGUCCCUUUCCCCUCCUUGUCGCGGCCCCUGCGAUGGCGGCGGUGCCCGACGACGGCAAGGCAAUGGAUCUACGGUCCAACGGUGGCGCGGGGCUGGUCAUGGCGAUGGCCGUCCAAGGCGCUGCUCAGGGAGCUGCGGCGGGCGGCGCCUCGCGGCAGGCGAUAGCCGCCGCGGUCGCUGCCGCGCUCCGCACGACAUGGGCGCUGCUGGAGGGGAUCGGCUCCGAGGAGGACGCCGAACUCGCGAUGCGCUGGCAUGCCAUGGAGCCCGCCAUGCGCCAGCAGCUGCGGGGCGCCCAGCCAGGCGGCGCCGCUCGCGCCAGGCGCAACGUCGGGGCGCACGUCGACCUCGGCAAGGGCGUCGAGGCCUUGCGGCAGGCCCUGGCGCAGCCGCAGCGGGCCCAGCGCGGCGGGCGCUGCGGGCCCCGCGUGCCGGCGCCGCCGGGCCCGGAGGCGGCGGAAGAGACGACGGAGGACCACGCCGACGGCGUCAAGCUGGGGGUCAUCGACACCCCCGAGGGCCAGCUGCUGGGCGAGGUCCCGCCCUCCCCACAGCUCAGCGCGGCGGUUGGCGAGGACUCGGAGCUGGACGUGGGCGAGUGCGAGGGCACCGACCAGGUCGUGAACAGUGCCGAGGUGCAGCCUGUUCCUGAGGCGCCGUGGGAUGUCGAGCCUGGGGGCCACGGCGGGGGCGGCCCCGAGGAGCAGCUGAUGGAGACGGAGGUGCCGAGGGCGGCAGCAGGCGGGGUUGAGGACGAGGGCCUCUACGACGGCCAGGCCGACGGCACCCAGGUCAAGGGGCAGCGGGACCGCCAAGGAGUACAGCAUCGGCACGCUCCUGAUGCUGGAGUUCACGAUCGUGGGGCUCUUCUUGUCCCUCGCCCUGCGGGGGCGGAUCUGCGCUCAGACCUGCCCGUCGACGGCGUCGAUGGCAUCGGCACGGAGUACGGCGGCACCUUGAAGGGCAAGGUGGGCGAGAGCAUCUUCAGCGACGCCGUUCAGGCUCGCGUGCGGAGCGUCUUCCUUUUCGUCCUCAGGGUGGCCUUGCUGCUGGGCGUUGCCUCCUGCCCGUUCGUCUUCUUCGACUGGGGCACGGGCCUCGCGUGCGCCCCGCACGUACUCGACAUAGGGCCUAUGCCCGACCCGUACCACGCGGCCCGCCAGGCUUUCCCGAGGCAAGGUGAGGGCGAGCUCCUGGACCUGCCACUGUCGGAGCAGCGGCUUGAGUCCCUGGUGAAGCUGCUGAGCGAGCUGGAGCACGAGCUGGCCAUGGCUUUGCCUGGCUGGAUAGCUCGCACCAUCGAGGACGCCGAGGACGCCGAGGACAUAGCCGACAUAGCGCUGUCCUUGCGGAGGCUCGCGGAGGACAUUCGCGAGAUCGAGGCGAUGAGGCACGUGCAGGCAGCGCGGCAGCAGCAGCACCGAGAGGAGAUGCGGCAACGUCGGUACUCAGAGUAUUGGCGAGCCCACGAGCAGGCGCAGGCUGCGUACGAGAUGGCGAACGCGUGGGCGUGGCAGCAGCAGUGGUGGGAGGCAAACGUGCACCACACGAACUGGGGCGCUGACGAGUGGGAGGAGUGGGCGGCGGGUGCCGACGAGCAGCCAGGCACGGCGGAGCACAGCGAGGCAGAUCUGGACGUUCAGGGGCAGGGUGAACAGACAGCCGAACUCGCCGAGCAGACCGCCGCGCAGGACGAGCCGCUGCGCAACCCCCCGAGCGAGCCCGCUGAGCAGGCGGCCGAGCAGGGCAUCGCAGACCAGCACGCCGCCGCCGAGGGCAUCGCAGACCAGCACGCCGCCGCCGAGGGCAUCGCAGACCAGCACGCCGCAGCACGCAGCUCGCCCCCCGCUGAGGUGCUGCUCCCGCCCGCCUCCGAGGUGACCUCCGCAGUUCUGUCUCCAGCCAGCUUGGAGGCCCCCGCGCUGUCAGCAGAUGUCGGCGACGCAGCCGAGAGUGCGGGGGCAGCUAGUGUGCCAGAUGGCGCUGCGGCAGCUUGCUCGGAUGGCAAGGAGAUGACCGUGCUGUGUUCUUGUUGCAGGCAGCACAAGCCAGCCUCAGAAGUUUACACGCAAGCUGCCAAUGAGCUCACGGGAUCCAAAUGCACCGCGAGGUGCAGGAAGUGCAACUCUCUGAAGGAGCGGAUCCGCCGCGUCGUGAAGGGGGGGCACGUUGCCGAUCAAGCGCUCGCUGACCUGGAUCCCGACAGCAGGGCCGACCUCUUCGCGCGCGGCGCGGACUUGUUUUCGGAUGACCUGAAGAAGCUUCUCACGGAGAAGGUCACCAACACCACCGUGUCAAAGGCGGCGCACCGCAUGAAGGCAGUGGGUGGGUUCGUGCGCACGGCUGAGCUGAAGGCGAAGAUCUUGGCGCAGCCUGGCGGGGAGGCUCGGUGGGCAAUGUACGAGCUGAAUGGCACCACGAUUCGGCACGACGUCACGGGCGAGGAGCUCAUGUGGAACCCCGAGUACUCGAUGGAGCUCAGCAAGUCAGAGGAAUCCGAGCUCGAGAAGAAGCGCAAGACGGAGAAUGCCGCCAAGGCUUCCGCCGCUACCCCAACGGAUCAAGAGGCUGAUGCAGACAACAAAGUGAAGGUGGAGUCUGCACCUAAGUCGUUGUCCGCUGGGCUCAUCAAGCGCAUCGCCGCAGCCAUCCCCAAGCUCGAGGCUGACGUCCUGCAGCUCAGCGCAGUCUUGCUGCAGGUCACGGCGCGUGAGAACGUGGAUAACUUCGCGCCGAAGAAGGUGAAGGAUGCCACCAAGGUGAAGAAUGAUCUCGCGGCGUCAAUCGUGACGCUGCAGGGGCUCGUGGACACGAAGACUGGCAACUGCAAAGAUAUCAACGUGUUCCUGAAAAGCGUGAACGGCAUGAAGGCCAGCGCCAAGGCAGCGAGCGCCGAGUUCAAGAAGAGCAUCGACGCCAUGCAAGCCGAGGCCGAGGCCGAGGUCGUGGAGGAGUGA